AUGAUGAAAUUUCAGAAGCAGCUAGAAGCCCAGCUUGUUGCAGAGUGGAGAAAUGCUUAUGUGAAUUACAAGCAGUUGAAGAAGGACAUCAGACAAAUUAGAGAGCAGAUUGCAAGCAAAAAACACCAUUUUGUCACCAAUAGAGUUGCACCAGAGCACAUUAUACAUCAACAUAAAAUCCAAAGCAACAUUGGCAGUGGUAAGGAGAUUGUGUACGAAACAGAGUUGAUAUAUGGGCAAUCUCCAUGGGCAGAGCAUGAUAGAGUAUUCUUUUCUAGGCUGGAUUCUCAGCUUAACAUGGUCAACAAGUUUUACAGAGCCAAAGAAAAAGAAUACCUUGUUAGAGGCAAACAGCUUCAAGUGCAGCUGGAGACUCUCAUAGACGCAAAACGAGCUAUUGCUGCAAAAUGUGGAGAGAAGGAUGGUGCUUACAGAUCUAAAGGCCUUAAACACAAAGUUGGUCAAGCAGAAAAAAUGUUACGUAGAGCCUUUAUUGAAUAUUAUAAAGGCCUCACUCUUCUCCAAAAUAACAGGUCCUUAAACACUCUUGCUUUCGCAAAGAUACUAAAGAAGUACGAUAAGGUUACAGGAAGGAGUGUGAUGGAUACCUAUCUAAGAGAAGUGCAAUAUUCCUAUUUGUCAACAAGGUCUGACAAGGUGCUACGCAUAAUGGAGAGAGUAGAGAUUUUGUUCACUAAAUACUUGAGCAAAAACAAGCGAAGAGAUGCUAUGAACUCUUUGAGACCUUCUCCCCAUCACAAGUCUAACCGCAAAACUCUUUCUUUAGGUUUUUUCGUAGGUUGUUCAGUGGCUUUGCUAUUGGCAUUUGUGCUUGCGCUUUCUCAACAUCACAUUGUGGAUGAUUUGCCAAAUGAGUCUGAAGGAUCAAAUAGGUCAAAAUCUGAAAAGGAUGAUAAUGAAAAAAGACCAAUGAUCUUUGAACCAGAAGCACAGAAUAACGAUCAACCAGAAAAUGUAGUUUUUGGUUCUCAACCAAUAAGUGAUGACAAUGAAGAAGAAAAUGGAAAAUCGACUGGAGACUCAGAAGAGGAAGAUGUUGAAUUGCAAUAG